AUUUCCAAAAUUCCCAGGUAUGCCUUUGUGUUUGAAAACCAACCAACGCCAAUGCUCUUUUGCUCAGGACAUCCUCAUAUAUCCCAGUGACCCACGCUCAUCUGUGAUUGGCUAAAAAUCACUCAAUGAACUCCAAAUCCAGGGAAAGAGAGAUACGAUGAUCAUACAUGAGCGUGCAUGCUUGUUGAGCUACGCCCAUCUUACGUGACGUCAUAUCACAGUUGUCUCAAUUGAAAUCGAACCUCUUUUCCAGAUCUGUCAUUGACGAGUGAAAGAGGAGUUCCAACCUUAGUUUUGGAUCGUGAAGUAUUUAUUUCUGAUCAGGAAAGAAAACUAACGGCUGUCUUUCGAUGAUGCUAGUCAUUUUGCAAGACAUAUGGUGUGGUGCUUCAUUUGGGAAUGUGCAUCGCAGUUGCAACACCAUUUUCAUCAAAAAUGAUAUUCGUUGAAAAUGAGGAUUCCAACUCUUUAGCAUUGUAGUUUUUCUCAAAGUUUGUCCGAAAAUACUACAAUCGCUUUAUAGCAUGAGAUUGACAGGAGUUAUUGGUCACAUCCUCACCCGCAGUGCUACCAGAACGAUUUAUGGAGGAACGGGAAAAUUACUAAUUAAAAAAGGACAAUUUUGUUGGUAAUUGGACAUAUGGCGGGAAUUUCUUUGUAAAGGUGGUAUCGAUAUCAACAUUUAUUGUGCCAUGUCGUCUGCCCCAAUGUUCCCUCUCUCAUGGAGUGUUAAUGAGUAAAUUGAGAAGUGAUUCGUGCUCUUGUAUCAUAACAUUUAUAUAUCAACUUCGGAGGAUAUCUCUUCUGUAGAAGGUCCUAUGGUAAUUCAGUUUCUCGGCAACGAUUGAGAGGAUUACUUGAAAAUCAACCUAUACUCAAAGGAUCUCAAGGGUACAAUUGUUAUCAUAUUCACUGAGUGACUAACGAGGCUGUCAGUGUCUUAACAUCAUCGCUGUGUUACAAAAAUAAACCAGAACUUAGAAUUGCUAUAUCAAUUUCGGCUAAAUUGAUUUCUCUUAAUGACGGUGAAGAAAAAAUUUAGAGCAUCGGGGAUUAUAAAUCUUAAUAACCUGAUGUCACAACAACCAUUAGUAGGCGUCUUAUUACUAGUAUUUCGAAAGGUAUAUCGUCUGCUUCAUUGAGGAUUGCAUAGAGAUUUGAUAAAGCGAUAACUGAUCUUGAAGGCGGUGGAGUGCAUUAGAUUCGAAAUGAUAAAUACAGUUGAACAAAUCUUACAAUGCGUAUGGUAUAAAUACAUGUACUAACAAUCUGACAUUAUCUUCUACUCUUGGUUCGUCGGCGUUGAUAACUAGAAUACAAACCAGUUGGAUAUCUUUACUAAUUGGUGUAUUUAGUCUUUACUGUUGACCUCGAUCUGAAACAAUACAAGUUGAAGAGAAACACGAUAUUAUGUCAUAACAUUAUGUACCUUACUUGGUAAAUUUGGAUUGAACAUAUUGCAUUAAAAUUCGUGAGGAGUAAAAAAGGAUCAGUUCUGUUAUUCAAUGUGUUGAUGAUAUACUAAAGUGAUAGUUCCUGGAUACUACUUGAACUGCAAAUAAUAACUGAUGCAACAAAUCUUUAUGUCGUCCGAAGAGCAUUUGGUUCUCAGGAAAGAGAAUAUUUUGCACAACACCUUCACAAUGUCUGAGGGGGGCGUUUGUCCACCUGGGGUGGGUGUCUAUGAUAUUCGCAAUUAUUCAGUUGCAGAGGCAGACACGUUUCUCUAUCAACCAGGUGAAGUUGUUCUCAUCACGAUCGUCAUGCCAAUAAUCUGGGCCAUCGGAGCUAUCUCCAACAUCGCCUUCAUCUUCGUCGUCGCCCGCAUCCGUCGCAUGCGUACCGUUACCAAUUAUUAUCUCCUCAAUCUUGCCUUGGCUGAUAUCAUGUUUUUAUGUUUUGCAGUCGGAGAUAAGGUAGGUCGGUAUGCUGCGUCUCCGAUCUACAACGACCAGUACGGCUUGAAGACAGUAGGAUGCGUCCUUCUCAACUACUUCGUACAACUCUCCUAUUAUGCAUCCAUCUUUUUAGUAACCCUGGUAACGCUUGAGAAGUACUAUGCUGUGUGUCGACCGGUUCAGCAUCGGCUCAUCAGUGGACGAAAACGAACAAUCCGGACCGUAGCGGCGGCAUGGUUGUUAGCCACUGCCUUCGCGCUCAGCCUUAUUCCUGGAUGGUUUAAGUGGACCCCUCUCUGCUUCUUGUGGCCUGAUGACGAAAAGUACGAGUCCUUGCCAAAUCUGUCCGGCUACUGCCUACCAAUAUCUGACAUUUUCUUAUCAAUAGGGAACGGCCUGCAGACCAUCCCGUUUUUCGUCGUCAUGAUCCUUAACUUCCUCAUGUACGGACUUAUAAUACGCGCUGUCAACACGCGCGUAGCGGUACGCGAAAAUCAACUCGCGUCAACAGCUGUGCGUAGUAUUCAGAUGCGUAAUCAAGUGGUACGCAUGCUCAUCGUAAACGGCGUCAUCUUCUUCAUUUGUCUGGCUCCAUACCAGUGCUCAUCUUUCGCUAUGAUGAUUACAUCAGCCACUGAGAAUUACGUUUUAUCCGGGGAUCAGGUAGAGAAAGUUAUGUGGACAGGUAGAAUCCUCUCCUAUGUCAACUCUGCCAUCAAUCCAUUCGUGUACACCUUCGUCAACCCAAGGUACCGGCACGCAUUCUUCGAAGCUUUCGCUUUCUGUCCGUCCAUUAAACGACACCUGGUGAAGAAAGCUAAGAUGGAAGAAAAUGGAUCGAGUAACAUCAGCAUGGACCAAUCUGCAACCAUCAAGCGAACACAAAGCCGCAAAGAGUCAACUGCUACAACAGAUUCUCAGAUCUCACAGAUUGACACUGCGCCGGUUGUUGCACACGACGUUGCCAUCUGAUUUUUUGUAGACAUUGGUUAUUUUUUGUAUAAACUUGAUAAAAUUGUUAAAUUUUAUAAUUUCGAAACAAGUAUAUAUAUAUCAUACGAGAGUAUGUUCGUCGUAAUGGGGCUGGUGUAUGACUCGUUUUACUUGCACUAUUAAAAAAAGCAAACAGACAAACAACAACAAUAACAAAACACACCCAUCUCAAUCGAUUGAAACGUGAAGCUACUAACGGAUUGUUAAAAGAUGCCGCUCUUUACAAACAGCAUGAUUCCUUGAGCAUGUUGAGGGUACUAUGAAACCGAAUGGCAAUUGUGAUUGUCAGAGAAUCAAUGAAAAAUUGCUUAUAAAACUAGUUCACGUUUGUAAUUGAUGUAUCUCUAUGUGUUUCAUUCAUGUUUAAAAUUGUAUACUUUGCUACAUGUAAAUAAGUUUCUUGUUUCAAUAGGUUUCUUGUUUUAAUGUCAAGUUGACUUAUCUUUAUAUUGCCAUGGUGGGUUUUGGGACUCGGCCAUCAUCGGUGAAAAUCACACAAAGUCUCAAUGAAAGUUCUUCACAAAGAUCAUAGAGAAUUCAUUAUGGUAAUAAGCCCAUAUGAUAAUUUCCUACAUCCAAAACGCAUGAAAAACAAGGAAGUUGUUGAAUUUAAAAAUGUUUCAUUUCAGUGACACAGUUCUAAGCAAAUAAUAAAUUUGAGCUGAAUACGCCGAUGAUGUCAUGAUCUUACAUUCGUUUUUCACAUUUAAUUACAAAGAAUUUGACUCUUUCAUUAUUUUCCUUGUAACAUAAUAAGUUGCAGUGAUGACGAUCUUACUCAUUCGAAAAUGGUCAACCCCAUAUUUGAGGGAAAAUUUUAACAUUUAUGAAAAGUAAAAACUAUAGAGAUCAUGAGCUUUCAAAGUGCAAAGCACAAAUAAAUAAUUUCCAUAGCCCGUUGUGCGUAUAAACCUGUCAACAUGGCAAGUUUUUAGCGUUAACACGCAUGCAUGUUUAAAGUAAUUUUCGACAUAAUGUACAUGAAAAGAUUCUAAAUCAUGAUAACAAUAAUUUUGAUUAAUUUAUCAUCGUGUGUAUCUAAUCUCCCGAAGGCCAUGAGAACUUCCCUGUCAAUAAUUGUAAAAUUUGCACACAAUUAUGGUAAAAUGAUACAACUAUAUUCCAUUCGAUGUAGCUGAUAUUAGACAUAUUUUAGAAGCAUUAGGAAUUUUAAUUUAUAAGUGAAAUUUAUCAAAUGUAACUGGAUUUUUUUGAAUGGUUGCAUAAGUUUAUGUUUCCUUGUUCGAAUAUAGGUGGUGAAGUCAUGAAUGAAGUAAAAUAUUUUUAAUUUGAUGGUCAGUUUAUGGCAUCAAUGUAAAUACCGGGGAUUUUAAAUAAAUCCAGCUGGACUGUAAAUUUAGGGACCAAAUCGACUUUGAGAUUUAGUUUUAAUCCUAAAUAUAAGUUUUCAAAUUUCAAAGGAUUCAUAUUUAAACUCCUUGGAAUUCGAAAGAUAAUCUUUCAGGAUUAAAAGUAAAUCCCAAGUUCGAUUUGUCCCUCAUCAUAGUCUGACUUGAUUUAUUUAAAAUCCCUGAAAUUUAUGCUGCCUUGUUCUGUCUCAGUCAUGUCAAUGAUGACUUGUCAGUCACAAGAUUUCAGUUGAGGAGUCUUGGUGCAUAUAAAAUGAGAUAAAAAUUAGACAGUUUAUAUCUAAUCCUAAAUGUUUAUUAGUUUAGGAGAAAACUUUGUAAUUCUUGUUAAGACUAUUUUAGCUUCCACUACUUCAUGUUCAUCCAUGAAAUUAUGAAAUAAGCGGGAUGAAAAUUUUGCAAAAAUAAUUGCAAUUAAAAUUCAUAAUUUGCCACAAAAAUGAUUGCCUUGAAUAUCUGGCAGAUUUUUUCUCAAAUGUGGCACAUCAUUUCAAAUAUAGAGGUGCAUUAUUACUGCACGUUUGUGAUUGAAAUCAUUGAACAACCAACGAUUGAUAAUUCAAGUAGUAUUCAUUACCGUCCACUAAAUCAUUAGAAAAUGUCUCAUUGAGGUUUACCGUAUGGUAUCGCUUUAGCGUUAUAGAUAAAACGAAAUUCUAAAACAUUACACAUUGAAAGUGUAUAUGGCACUUAAGAUAUAAUUCUUUAAAUAGCCAAUUAAACCACUUCCACUUCCACUGUUAACAAUGUCCAAAGCAAACGAUCAUUCUGAUUUCUGAGAGAUAUAUUUAAAAAGUUGUUUCCCGUUGACGGAUACGCUUCAUAAUGGGAUCUAUGUGGUUAACGAUUUCGAUGAUAACAACAGAACUGACAAUGAAAUCAAAUUUUUACACUUCCUUUUUUUUUGUUCCAUAUUAUAAAAUAAAAUAUCAUUUUUUGAUGUCCAGUGUCGACUCAAAAGAAAAACACGUGUUUAAUUAGAGAGUGACAAAGAAUGACCACAUUUUCAAAUGAUCUUUCAGCUAUUUAACGAAAGUCACGUGUUAAUCUCUCAAUGAAAAGAGUAGCUUAUUUAUAGUGAGUACCAAUUCGUCACUUUGGAUUUUAAAUGCCACUUUUCCCUGUCCUUGAUAUAUGUCUCUCUCAAAAAAAGAGGAAGAAAAGUUUCCAAAGUCCUAUUAUCAACGUCUUUCGCAGUUCAAGAUAUUAUCUUAAUGCCAUAUGCACGCAACACAAAUCCAAAGUCUGAUUUAAUGCUACGGGUAGUUUAUGGUUAAUGAAUUAACUGACCUAUCUAAUAUUAACAAAACUAACUUCUAAAAAGUAUAUUCAUUGUUUUGGAAAUGACAUCCGUCAUGACAAUGUUAUUCAGUUUAGUGUAGUAGGUUUCACGGUACACCAUGCAUCUUUCUUGGGCAUGUUGGGCAAGGGAUGGUCCAGAAAGGGACCACAGAACACUGGCCAAAGAAAGAUACAUGGCGUACCGUGAAACCUACUACAUUAUAUUUCUUCGCCAUGGAAACCUUCAGAAGGUACGAUUUUUUCAAUCUGUACUAUUUCAUUGAGAUUCUUUGAAAAUGGCUUGUGAAUUGUUUUACGUCACAUUAUGAUUGUUAUUUCAAAUUCGCCUAUAAUAUUUCCAUACUUUGUUUUAGUCUCGGCCCCAGUUUAUGUUCGUUCUCCAAAAAUAAAGAAUAAGGGUAAAGGGGUGCUUGAUAAUUCGAGGCAUUUAUGAAUUAUCUAUCUACUUACAUUCAAAACUUAUCAAAAUUCCUGAUUUCAAAAUAGCACCUUGAGAUUUUAAACUCCAUCAAAAUAUAAUCAUGAUGUUAUUUAUUUUCCUGUUUGUAAUAUUCUGUUCAAUUCAUUUUCAUCGAGAUUCAAAGAAUAUCGAUUGUAUUCCAUUUUACAUUUUCUUGCUAUUAUUGUCGGUUCUUCUUCGCCUAUAAUUACGUGUAUUUGUAAAUUUUUUAAAGCAUGUAAAGUAUAGUAUCUUCAUUUGUCAUUAACCUCUGUCUUCUGUAUAUUUUCCUCUGAUAAAUUAACAAAUUACCCAGUAUGGGAAGAAAAAAAGGAAAAAUAAAUAUUUCAUAAUAAUAUAUCUUCCUUGCAAAA